UUGGAAAUAUUGUAAUAUGACAUUUAUUUAUUGUCCCCUUAUGCAUAGCCAGAUAGCAAAUAUGCCAGAAGCCGGUGGAUAAACAAAGGACCCUGCACAGACUAACCCACCUUCUGCAUUCCCAGCCACUGCAUCCCCUCCCCCUCCUUAGACCUGUACCUUACUAUCUGAAGAAAGCCUUGUGCUGUCCUUUGCAGGAAUUCAGCCUGAAGCUGUAGCAGUUGCAGGUUGGUUGCCACAUUCACAUACAGUAUUACGCAAAAUGCAUCAAUAUGGCGUCAGGUAGCGGACUAGUUACAAUAUGAAGAAGCGGUAGCUGAAGUGGGUCAACUGAGCAAUCUUGUUAUAACCAUUAGAAGAAAAAAAGGAGAAUACAGACAACAGCUACUUAUUUGUCAGGGAAGGUCUCCAAGAAAGGUGUCCUAGGCCUCGAUCAAAAUUGCACAAUAGUACAGUGUGUGCACCUGUCACAGCAAACUGGUAUUACAGCAGCAAUAAAUAAACAAGCAGAAUAAGAAAGAGCAAAACCUGUGGACGUGAUUGUAUUAACUGCCGUCUCAUUUUCAUCGGGAUUCAUGGUGGACAGCUAAUGUUGGGAACAUCAUCUCAUGACACAAAACUUCAGCUUCCAGAGACAAAAUAAACUCGAUUACAUCACACGUUCAGUCAUUUUCUGAUAGCUACUUCAUUCAUCACGAUCAGGUAUGCUAGGGAGCUGGAGCUGAAGCUUUCAUGCAACAAGAAUAAGGCAGAGAAAAACAUUUUCAAUAGUAUGUCAGUCCAUCAGUGGACACAAGACCAUCAGUCACACACAUACUGCAUGUAUACCAACUGGCAGUUGUGGGGAUUGCCGUUUCAUCUGUUGGCAUGUCAUAGGGUUAUGGGAAACCAUCUCAAGGUAACCCAGCAAAAUUCCAUUUGGACUCCACAGAAAAGAAACCUUAUCUAGAAACCAGACCAAGCAACCACGUUCUGAGGUAGUUUUGCUAAUUGCUACACAACUAUGUCACCCAUACUGUCUUAGUGAGCUGACACAGAUGCUACACUUCACUUACUAAGUAAAAUGAUUGCUCAGAUAAUUUCUGCAUUAAUCUUGCACUGAAUGAAACUAAAAGGACAAACAAGGAUAUUAAAAGGAAUCCAAAGCUUAUCUGAACAGUCCUUUGUUGGUUUGAGAUUGAUUAUGCAGUUGCCUGGUGUUCUAAAAAUGGCAAUGUCUCGGAAGAAGAUGUUACUUUUCUUUAUGGCUAUAACAACCCUUAGUUUUCUUCUGCACCAAAGUGGACAUCUCACUUGGUACACCAAACCAUUUCACUUUGGCUGUUUUCAUCAAAGAGCUACCAAAGAAAAGCGUACUGAGAUUGUCUUUUUAAAGACACACAAGACUGCUAGCUCUACUGUACAGAAUAUCCUUUUUCGAUUUGCUGAAAAGAAUAAUAUUACAGUGGCUCUACCAAUACAUGGCUGUGAUCACCAAUUUUGUUACCCUGGAAAUUUCUCAAAAAAAUUUGUUCAUCCUUACACCAUCCCACCACACAUCAUCACUAACCACAUGCGCUUCAACUUUGCAGAACUGCAGCAACUGAUGCCAAACAAUUCAGUCUAUGUUACUAUCCUACGGGAACCCGUAGCCAUGUUUGAGUCCUUAUUUAGUUACUAUAACCAACACUGUCAGUCUUUCAAGAGGGUUCCCAAUAACUCUAUGGAAAUAUUUCUUAGCAAUCCACUAAAGUAUUACAAAGCAGAUGAACGAUACUCAAUGUAUGCUCAUAACACCCUUGUCUUUGAUUUAGGUGGAGACAAGGACCACAGUCCUUUGGAUGAAGAGUACAUUAACAGCUUCAUUAAACAGAUUGAAAGCAUAUUUUCCUUAGUUAUGAUAGCAGAAUAUUUUGAUGAAUCACUGAUUUUACUUAAAGACUUGCUGUCUUGGGAUCUCGAUGAUAUCUUGUAUGUGAAGCUCAAUAUGCGCAGUAAGGAAUCCAAGCACAACAUCUCAUCAGAUAUUCCACAAAAGGUACAGAAGUGGAAUGCAUUUGAUGCAAAGCUGUAUGAAUAUUUUAAUAAUACAUUUUGGAAAAAGGUGCAGAGUUUUGGACCGGACUGUAUGGAGAAAGAAGUGCAGCUUCUGAAUCAGUCUGUGCAAAAACUGAUGCAGGAUUGCUUUGGUGGAUGGCCACAGCUUCGUUCAUCUGCCCAGAUUAAAAAUAAAGAACUUCGUCCAUGGCAACCAAGUUCAGAGGUCAGUAUUAUAGGUUAUGACCUCCCAGUAAAUAGUAACUCGGUUGCCACAAACUACUGCCUGAAGCUUGUCAUGCCAGAAGUGCAGUAUUCAAGAUACUUAUUAAGAAAAGCAACCAUAAAGAUCCGGAAAAAAAUUCCAUAUCAUCAAAUGCGAAAGCCAAUAGUUAGCUUACAGAAACAGAAAUCUGCUGCACGUGUUAACCAUCUAGUCAGAAAUAGCCCGGUUAAAUAUCGGACAAAGAAAAACAAAUGAGACUUUUCAGUCUUCCAUAAGACUGUCAUCUGUUUCUAUAAUACAUUUGCUUUCUAAACUGAAAUUAAGAUCUUACACUAAAGAAGAUUUGACUUGAACAGGCUAGUAUGUACUUAACUGCAAGAUAUUUCUACUAUAUAAUAUUUCUGGUACAUUAGAAACUGUCAGAUCAUUGGAAAUUAUUUUUCUAAAUAGGAUUACAAUGUUAAUCUUUUACUCAUUUGCUAUUUUAGCUGUAAGGUAGAAAAUUACAACAAAGUGCACAUUUGAAACCUUUUCAAAUAGCUUUCAGUUAGACUUCUAUGUCUGACAAUUCAAUUUGAAUUUAUUCAGGAUUUCAAAUAAAUAUAACAGAGUUGGCAAAGUAGUUAUCUUGGAAUCCAUGAAGUUGUGGAGAGUGAUCAAAGUAAGUAUAUCUAUAUUACUAUGUGAGAAUAAAGCAUUAUAAAAUCCA